CAUAUGUUUUUGUUUUUUGUUUUAUUAACUAUGUUUUUUUAACUAUGCUUUUUAACUAUGUUUUUUAAACUAGUCUCAAAAGUCAACAACAGUAAAAUUUUUCGGCAUUAAUGUGAAAAAGAUAUAAUCUAUGCAGUAGUCAUUAAUGUUCAAAAAUGUUUUCUUGCUUGUUAGCCAAUUAAAUUGCACGUGACUUACGUAUGUGGCAUGUAAUUUUCAGCAACGUGUAGCUAUAUAGGUAAGUGCUUUAAUCAGUUGUACUUAGAAUUUGAUGCCCACUCUCAACAGUCAACUGGUGUCUUUUCUUUCAUUUCAUCGUUCAUACUACAUCUGGCGCAGGUCACGUAGUUGUAGCCUAAUGAACAUCAAAAUAUAGCCUUUCAUUUCGAAAACAUUGCUAAUGAUGUGUAGUAGAAACAAUUUGCCGUAAUUUGAAGCCAUUUUCAUGUAUCUUUCUCAGUGUGUUGACCAAUCACAAAUCGAGCCAGUGCUAGAAGCGCUAUAAAUGACGAUUAGCAGAUGGCUGUUUUUGUAUAUGUCUACUCUUGCAAUUAAGUGGAAAUGAAUUGUUCGGAAAUUUCAGCCAAUGGCACGCCUUCGUAGAAAACAAGAAGUUAACGGCUUCUAUUGUUGGCAAAUGUCUCAUUUAUUACAGACAUCAAAGGCAACUGGUUGUUUUUUGCUGUCGCAUUAGAAACAUCAGUAUGGUGAACAACACAUCCCCUUGUAAUUUUACGAAAUUCCAAGUUCCCAUUGUUACAGCAUCUUAUAACUUCGCCAUCGCCGCGGCAGUAAUUGACGGCUUUCUCAUUCUUUUUGGCAUCGUCGUCAACCUUCCACUCGUUUUCAUCAUCGCGAAAAACUAUCGCAUGCUUCAAACCAUGGACCUGUUCGUCUUCAAUUUGUGCGUCGCAGAUCUCGUGAGCAGCGUAUUCUACCAACCGUUAAUUAUCAUGCGUCUUCUUGCUCGUAGUGAACAAAGUAGUCAUAUGACCUACGCUCUUCGAAUGACGACAUGUUCGUGCUUAUUGAUUGACUGUGCCGCGAUCUUUCUAAUCACGUUCGACAAGUAUCUUGGCAUUUUAUACCCGUUACAUUAUAGUAGAUGGUUUAACAAGAAGAAGGUUGCUGUGUUCGUCAUCUUGUGUUGGAUCUUCGCUGUUACAUUCGGGUUAACGUUCGCCAUUUUCGACAAACAAGUUCGACGUGUUUCGGGCUAUAUGAAUGCUUGUUUGAUCAUCACAAUGUUCGUUACUACGACCAGCAUCCAGCUGUGGUCUUACCUUAUAGUAAAGCGUCUUCAAAAGGAAAUUAAUAUUGGACAGAUUGAUGCCGCCUUAGUCGUUUCUACCAAUGUCAACGAUACCAAUCGACAUUCAACUGAUCCUAAAAUGAACCGCUUAGCUUCUUCCAAACUGGAACAUCUCGAUAAGGAACAAUCGCACUCCGGUUUGAAAAUAAUAACCAAUGACGAAAACAUCUUGAAGUCUUGUUUCAUGUCCGAAAAGUCUUCAGGAGUCGUCGGGUCAAAGUCUUGUGACGAGAAAACUUUCCUGAAUGCCGAAUUCAAAAAGAGUGUUGUCUUUUGCUGCGUGGGAAACACGCAAGUAGAGGCUCAAUCUAAGAGUGUUGUAAAUGAGUUGGAAAAUGAAAGCUGUAGCCAUUCUUGUGACAGCGAGAUCGUUUCCUGUACCGCAAUCAUUGGAAAUGACAAAACACCGGCUCGACGUGGUGUAAACUUUCGUGAAAAGAAGAAUCCAAAAUCUUUUGAUAAAAAGAUGAAAGAUUUAGUUGUUCAUAAACAAGACGAGCAGAUGAAAACUGUUAAGAAAAACUCAUUUAGACUCUUCCCUCGCUUCAAAAAGAUGAUUGCUGCAGAUUGCGUACCAAAUGUAAAUUCCUCGCCUACGACAGCCAAUCAAGGCAAAGUUUUCUCCAUGAAGGUUAGCGAUCAACGCAAAGUUCAUGGUGGCUUUUGGCGGUGAAGAUUACGGAUUAACUCUGGGAUUUGGAUUUAAAAUAGAAACAAAAUGGUGGCGAUAUAACUUAAUGAUGUAUUACAUUCAUACUAUUCAACUAAAUGACAAGCACUACAUUCCGCACAAGGACUUUCCUGUGGAUUCACAUAUAAUAAUUCAUGAGAAUUUCUUAACAAAUCAAUAUUUUUAAUGAUUGCAUAAUUAAAUUACGAAACGGAUAUAUAUAUGGUAUAAGUUGUAUUCGUAAUAAAUAAUAAAUAUAGUCAUCUAUCAGUACUAUAAUAAUAUAAUUAUAUAUAAAUAUUUUUCAGUCACCUUUAGAGUCUUUUUGUAUGAGUACACGUAUAGUCAGUGGCAGAUCUAUUAUAAGUCAUGUAAUUUACGUAACUUACGUAUACAUUUUACCAAGAAACCACAAUUUUUCAAAUCAA